CCAUGGCAUGCUAUCGUACAACCACUGGCUGGUGCUACUCUUGAACGCUGCAGGCUCUCAUCAUACCUAGCCUACACUUCACCUCACAUUAAAUACAAUCUUAAAACGAAAAAUCUCCGGAAGACGCAAGGUUACUACCGAGCGUACGUAACGUCAAAAUCAUGAAUACCGGGCAUGGGUUGUCGUCAAUUGAACAAGUUCCGGUCAUCGAUCUGGAAGCCGAAGAAAAAGUAUUAAUAGAUCAAAUAUACGGUGCCUGUUCCAGAUUCGGAUUCUUUCAGGUAGUAAAUCAUGGAAUCAACGCAGACUUAAUUGACAGGUAUCGCGAACAGUGUCGAGAAUUUUUUGAGGGUUUGGAUUUGAAACAUAAAAGGGCUUCGAAACGCAGCGCCGACAACGCGCGUGGAUUUUUCGACGACGAGCUGACCAAGCAACGGCGUGAUUGGAAAGAAGCGCUGGACGGGGGUAUGCCGUUUUCUCGAGAUUGGGCUCUGCCAGAUCGAGAUCCAUUGAAUGCUGGAUUGGAUGGAUAUAACCAAUUCCCGUCAACAGCGAUCCUCCCACAUUUUCGGGAUACAUUUGUGGAGUAUUUCCAAGCUUGUGAAAAGCUUUCGGAUCGGUUGGCCGUGCUCAUGGCAAGAGCACUAGGAGCACACGGAGACGAGGCUUUAGUUCGGGAUCUACGAGCGCAUCAUACAUCGUAUCUUCGAACAAAUUUUUAUCCUAUGUGUCCCAACGAAAACAACAACUCCAUCGAUAGUCCGCUGGGUAUCAGUCCGCACAAUGACGCUGGCUUCUUGACAGUGCUUCUGCAAGACAAUGAUUGUCAUUCUCUACAGGUCUAUCUGCGAGAGACAGACGAAUGGUCGACGGUUCAUCCGCUACCAAAUGCGUUGACAAUUAAUACAGGCGACAUGGCGCAAGUUUGGUCGAACGGCCGCUAUCAAGCGCCGUCGCACCGCGUCCUUACAAAUCCCAAUCAAGUAAGAUACUCGGCGCCUUUCUUUUACAAUCCGGGCUAUGAAACUUGGGUCCAACCCCUUCAAGCGACUGACAGUGGAAUCGAGGAGCCUGAUUUUUAUCACCCAAUACUUUGGGGCUACUUUCGAGCCGCACGCUUUGCGGGUGACUUCACUGAUCUGGGAAUAGAGAUUCAGAUUUCAGACUACGAGACUUCUCGUGUCGAUAGCUCACCGCAUCGGCAGCUCCAAAAGGUAUUUGUCCGAGAGGGAUGGUGUCGAAGACCUUUCAGCGCGGAUGCUUAUCGGGAACUUUUGAAGAUCACGCAGUGCCCAUGA